AUGCCUUGUACUUCCAUCUUCGAGAUUCCAAAAGCGGCUCCGUCCAACGAGAACACGGCGAAGGACCCGUACGUGGCUGACAUGUACGAAGCGCCUUGCGCGUUCUGCCAACGCGAGAGAGGCACGCCUGAGCGUCGUGUCUACGUAAUACGGUCCCGUCGCCUGGAAGGCGCACGUAUCUCGCUGCUCCCUGCAAAUAGAGUCUCCCUCCGACAUCAGCCCGGCUACCGACUCGAUCGUUGGAUGAUCGAAGAGGAGCGUCUGCGGAAGCUCCGUGGCAAAUUGUUCUGUGAGCGUGUUUGCGAACUCCGUCGCCGCCACCGAGUCCAGUCCGGCGUCCAUCAGCGGCGAGUUCGUGGCGAUGGCCGUGCCGAGUACAUCGAGGAGCGACGCCGAGAUGGUCUCGGCCACCGACGAGGCGUCUUGGGUGACAAUUCACCGUCGGGGCGCGACCUCGCUGCAGAUCUCGUUUCUCGAGAUUUCCUCUCAGGAAUUCGAAUUUCCGCCCGAUGGGUGGUCGAACAACAGAGUCGACGGAAGCUCGGUGCGGAGGCGCUCGUUGAGUCGCGUCGAGAACUCGGUGGCCCCGAUAGAGUCGAGCCCAGCCGACAUGAGAGGCGCGUCGGGCGAGAUGGCAGUGCCGGUGAGCAGGGUCGCGAUGCCAACGAGCUCGUCGAGAAGACCAUGGAGCGAGGCCGGAGGGGCAUGUCAACUGAUCAGGAACAACAGUCCCGUAAUGCGCCUCUUGCACGCGAAAAACAGACCGCCAGAUGCAGCUCCUCCCUGAAACGGAGCUGA